AUGGCGAUUGUAACCGCUGCGGCAUCAUCAUCACUGUCGAUGCCUCCUCGCGCUCUAUUUAGAGAAUCCAAAAAGGCGACGACGAUGGGGAAAAGGAGUUUGAAACGGCAAGAAGUUCGCGUAGUAGGAAAUUUCAGUCACUUUGGAGAUACAGUGCGCAAAGAUUUCGAGUUUAUCAAAAAAGGAAUCAAUAAAGGAAUGGAUUGGGCAAAUGAAGCAUUUCGAGUUCCGCAAGUUUCCAAAACCCUAGACGAUAUUUUAUGGCUUCGAAAUCUCGAGGAUCAUAAUUCUCCUCCAAUCGAACCUCAAUCUUGGCCGCAACCGUCAUAUCCAGGGCUUUCUGGUGUGGAUUUGCUGGUGGCUGAUCUCAAAGCAAUGGAAGCAUAUGCUAGUUAUUUUUAUUGCUUGUCUAAGCUUUGGUCUAAGCCAUUACCUGAAGCCUAUGAUGCACAAGAUGUUGCGGAUUAUUUCAAUUGUAGGCCGCAUCUUGUCGCUUUUCGACUACUUGAGGUGUUUACUGCAUUUGCUACUGCAACUAUAAGAAUUCGAGCCUCGGGGAUGAGAAAGUUUUUAAGAUCAAGUUCUGACAAGGAUGUAAAUGGGAACAUUUCACAGUACGAUUUGGGGAUGUCACAAGAUUACCCAUAUGCUAGUUACAUGCCUUUGCUUCCUGAUGCAGUUGGUCAGUCUCUUUCCACAAGGCCGGACAUUAUUGGUACUGACAUUACCAAGGCACUUUCCGGGCUGCAUGAUCAAAUACCUCCUUUUCCCAGGACCAUGGCUAUGAAAAUCAUAGAGGAAGAAUUGGGUUCUCCUGCUGGAUCAUUCUUCAGCUACAUCUCUGAGGAACCUGUGGCUGCAGCAUCAUUUGGUCAGGUAUACUGUGGAAAUACCCUUGAUGGUCGUAAUGUUGCUCUGAAAGUUCAGCGUCCUAAUAUGCAUCAUGUGGUGGUUCGUGAUAUCUAUAUACUUCGGCUUGGGCUGGCCCUGUUGCAAAAGAUAGCAAAAAGAAAAAAUGACCUUCGCUUAUAUGCUGACGAGCUUGGGAAAGGCUUAGUUGGGGAGCUGGAUUAUUCUAUAGAAGCUGCCAAUGCUGCCAAGUUUCUGGUACUCACAGGGUGUAGUGUUACUGCACUGUCCGGACUGGAUGCUCAUUCCUCAUUCUCAUUUAUGUAUGCUCCAAAAGUAUUUCCACAUUUGAGCCGAAAGAGAGUUCUGACCAUGGAUUGGGUGGUUGGUGAGAGUCCAACUGAUUUACUCUCUCUAUCCACCACUUCUGCGUAUUCAGACAGACAGAAACUUGAAGCAAAAAGGCGUCUCCUUGAUCUGGUUAGCAAAGGAGUGGAAGCCUCACUAGUUCAACUCCUGGAAACAGGCUUAUUGCAUGCUGAUCCACAUCCAGGAAACUUGCGUUACAUAUCAUCAGGACAAAUAGGGUUCCUGGAUUUUGGUUUACUUUGCCAGAUGGAAAAGAAACAUCAGUUUGCUAUGCUUGCGGCCAUAGUUCACAUUGUAAAUGGGGAUUGGGCAUCCCUUAUGCGUGCUCUUAUUGACAUGGAUGUCGUAAGGCCAGGGACUAAUAUCCGGCGUGUUACAAUGGAACUAGAAAAUUCUAUGGGAGAGGUGGAAUUUAAAGAUGGGAUGCCUGAUGUCAAGUUCAGUAGGGUUCUGGGAAAAAUAUUGUCUGUAGCGAUCAAGAGCCAUUUCCGCAUGCCACCAUACUUUACUCUUAUGCUGCGUUCUCUCGCAUCCCUAGAAGGUUUGGCGGUAGCUGCGGAUCCGAACUUUAAGACAUUUGAAGCUGCAUACCCAUAUGUUGUUCGGAAACUUCUCACUGAAAAUUCUGCUGAAACGAGGAAAAUUUUGCAUUCGGUGGUUUUGAACAAGCGGAAAGAAUUCCGAUGGGAGAGGCUUGCUCUUUUCCUAAGAGUAGGAUCCACCAGGAAAGCCUUCAAUCAGGUGAUAGAGAAUGAAAGUUCCCUGGAUUAUUUACCAAAUCGGUCCAGUGGUGUUUUUGAUGCUGCACUCUUAGUCCUGAGGCUUUUACCAUCUGGAGAUGGCAUUGUGCUUAGGAAACUUCUUAUGACUGCAGAUGGAUGUUCAUUAAUCCGAGCAAUGGUUUCCAAGGAGGCAGUUUCCUUCAGACAGCAGCUUUGCAGAGUUAUUGCUGAUGUACUAUAUCAAUGGAUGGCUCAAACUCUUGUACGAGGCAUUUGGGCAAACCAGUAUGGUUCCCAAUUCAGAUUGACCAGCGAGCCUGACAACAGAGAGCUGAGUCCAUCUUCCAGGCUAUCGGUACCGGUUAAUGAUUAUCAGUCCAUAUUUAGAGAUCGACGCCUCAAAGUGAUCUUUUCCAGGAUACUAGAUUCUGCAAGGAAAGAUCCAGUGUUGAUGCUAAAAUUCUACUGGACUUCAUUUGUUAUGGUUAUCACAGCUUCAGUUUUGGCUUGUCAUCAGGUUUUGGUCUCUUUGUCUGAGGCCUACAUUGGUCCCUUCUCGCUUGCUCCCAAGAGAGUGGCAAUUAGUGCAUGA